UGUAAAGAUCAGAGGUGAAAGGUUUCAAGGAGGAGGCUGUCAGGUGUGCUAACGUGCUAAUUCCUAUUAGAGGCUAUUUAAAGUCUCUUAAAGCUUCAAAAUGUCUGACGAUCAAGGAGAUGAAGUGCCUGCCUUGCCUUGUAUCUUAGUCACAAGUUGCGAUUCCAACUUUAAGGAAGAAGAGCUCAUCAGACAGAUCUUGGGCUUAGAAUCACUCCCACAAGCUGAUAAAAUAAAGGAAGGAGUUGCUUGGUAUCCAUGGACAAUCAACAACAAAUACUACACAGCAGACGUCAGUCUAUGUGCCCUUCCAAGUACAUUCAACAUGAAUGUGGAGGUUGCUCAGUCUACGCAAGCUUUCAUUGUUUACUUUGACAGCAAAACUAAAGAUGGCCUUAGUAAAGCCAGUCCCUGGUUAUCCAUAGUAGAGGAACUGUCUCCAGAAGUGCUCAUCCUAGUGUGUGACCAUGUCUGUGACAGUGGUAUAAGCAGACAAGAGGCCCAGCAGUGGUGUCUGUCUCAUGCAUUUGAAUUAGUGGAGCUCAACCCACAAGAUCUACUUGAUGAGGAUGAUGACUUUCCAGAGUCCACCGGGGUAAAAAGAAUAGUGCAAGCUCUUAAUGCCAAUGUGUGGUCCAGUGUCGAGAUGAAAGAUGAACACAGUCAGGGAUUUGGCCUAAUGAGCAGCCUGGUGGCUUCUCGUCACAACAACCCACGACCCAGUCAAGAGACACAGUCCUCUCCAUCCAACAGCACAGAUGAAAGCAGUGAGAUCCAGAGAGCAGAAAACAACCAGGGUAAUGCAGAAAAUACAGCAGUGGAUCCAAUGAUUGACAUAGACAUCCAAGAACUGGCCAAUCUUACAGCUGGAGAUGCAGAUGUGGAGAAUUUUGAACGGCUCUUUACAAAAUUAAAAGAGAUGAAAGAUAAAGCAUCUUCCUUACCACAUGAGCAGAGGAAAGUACAUGCAGAGAAGGUUGCUAAAGCAUUCUGGAUGGCCAUUGGUGGAGACCAAGAUGAGAUUGAUGGCUUGUCAUCAGGAGAGGAAAGUUAAGGUCACAGUAUGAAACAGCUUCCACUGUUAUUACUCAGCCCACCCCCCCCCCAGUCAUUCCAAUACUGACCUGCCCAAUCCCACCCAAGAAACCAAGAUUUGGAACAUGCAAGAUGCCUGAAAACAAACCGCAGUUACUAUAAUUUCAUCAUCCAACACAACAAUUAGGCUCUGCAGGGUGACUAUGGGCGUUUGACUUUUAAAACAGUAUAAUCUCAGAGGAAUAGGAGGGGUCGCAUUGGGCAAGACUAUAGUCACGGCUACUCUCCCAUGGUGUUUGUGCAGAUCUGCAUCCUCAUACGUGGAUGAAGUUUGUUGUUCUGUCAUAAGUAUGAUGUUGCAACAGGUGGUAAACAGAAUGGGAGAUUAGUUAAAUGUGGACUGUUUAUUAUAAAAAAACAGGAUGUAAGUCACAAUUAUGGACUGUGCUUGAACAUGCCAUUAGAUAUUUGACAAUAAAAAAACUUGAAACAGA